AUGAACAAAUCUCUUAUAUGGACAAAAGACUACGCUGAAGAAUGCGAUUCUGGUGUAGUAGUCCUCAACAAGGCACGAGUAAGUACUCUUGUUGGCCUUCUACAUGUCGCAUGGCAGAAUACAUAUGAAGUUCGAGAGGAAGUCACUUACAGGCCAGGUCACGGGGACAAGGAGUCUUGGUGGCUUGGCCUUGAGCUUGGCGGGUCCAGCUAUGAGUUUGAGUCGCACUACGGUUCAAUGAUUGGCUGGGGUGAAGGUAGAGGAGCAAACGUCACAAAAGUUUGUAGCUUUGUCAUUGCUCAUACUGAUGAGAAGGACAAGCUCUUAUGGUACAAUGGAAGCCUGUUGAAGAACAAGCGUGUGGACCCAGAUGGCUACGAAGUCCCAGAGUACUGGAUGAUGGAUGGCAAAUGGCACAAAGGAAGGACAAAGGACGAUAUGAGUUGUAUGACUGAUACGGAAGUACUGGAACUGACCGCGGAGGAGAAGCGUGUAUUGCGGGAGAGCAUUGAGAUUGCUAAGAAGGUAGAUAUUGCCCUCAGAGGCACAGUAUAG